ACCAAAAAAUCGGGGUGGUUCGCACCUUACGAGAAGCAGCAGGUGCUCCGCCUCUGCCGCCGCCGCUCGCCCGCCGCCCCUAGUCCUGUUCAACACCCUUCCAUCCCCCCGUGACCCAAACCGAACGCGCUCUAACACUGCCGCCGGCCUCUCCUAAGUUUUGUCCCAUCUCACCGGAGAUGGCCGGGGCAGUUCCGUCUGUAGCGCCUGUUCUCGUAAUCUGCUUGCUGUCUCUUGUUCUCUUCUUCCACAGGUGCCGGAGCUGUGAGGCUGUGGGGAGAGAGAGGACGUUGGCGAUGAUCAAGCCGGAUGGUUUGUCUGGUAAUUACACGGAAAAAAUCAAGGAGGCCAUCUUGGAGUCUGGAUUUGACAUCAUACAAGAGGCAGUUGUCCAGCUGGAUGCAGAGAGGGCAUCACUCUUCUAUGCUGAACAUGCCAAUAGAAGCUUCUUCAACAGCCUGGUGAAGUACAUGACGAGUGGUACAGUUCGUGCUAUGGUUCUGGAAAGCCCCGAUGCCAUUUCACGCUGGCGAAAUUUGAUAGGGCCAACUGAUGCAAGAAAGGCUAAAACUUCACACCCUGACAGCAUUAGAGCGAUGUGCGGCUUGGACUCUGAGAAAAAUUGUGUGCAUGGUUCAGAUUCACUGCAAUCUGCAGCCCGAGAGAUUUUGUUUUUCUUCGGAGAUGAUAAAUCUGAAGCCCUGGAACAUGAUGAGCUGUAGACAAUUGGCAUGCAUCCUCGAAAGGCAGAUAAUUUUGAACUUUGACCGCUCCUUCCAGCUAUUAGUUGAUGAAAGCUUCUGUACAUCACAUGAUGCUGGCCCAACAUCACACUUGUCCGGCGAAAUUUUGUCAAGCACUCCCAUCUAACUGAUUGUGUGUCCCAGUUAAAUAUAUAAUUGGCUGUACUGGAUAGAAAUCCUAUGGGUUUUAGAAUUCGCGCUGACUGGCUUGAUCAUGCCAAUUUUAUUUUCAAAAACUGUCACUUGUUAGUUCAUGGAAUGCAAGUCCAGAUGCAGUAAUCCAUGAGGAAGGGAGAACAAAGCUGCCAUUUGCCGAAAACAACAUGCUUGGGUAACAGCAUAUUGCUCUGUUGUAGAUUCAAGAGUAGUAUUUUACCAGCGGUUCAGUAGUCUGCUACAAAGGGUGUGGCUAUGGCCGAGAGCCCCAUCCGGCGUGUGCAGGUGUAGGUUUGAUUUAGGAAACAUGUAGGAAAUACAAGAUGCAAAAUUUGCAGCUAGAGACGAUGAGUUAGAAGUACCCUGAUAGCACUUUUUGGUUUAUCGAUGAUCUUUGUAGUUCUUGUUUGCUUCAAACUCCUGCAGCCAAUACUUACUUGAAGGUGUGUAGUCCAAUUGUGCUGUGUUCCCUUCUACUUGAAGGUGUGUAGUCCAAUUAUGCUGUGUUCCCCUCUAUGAAAACAUCAUUCAUGAUUUGUAAUUUUAUAUCAUACAAAUUCAAGUAA